GAUUUAAACUUCCCGCCACACAAGCAAGAGCCAUAACUGAAGAAUCUUAUUUUUAAUGGCGGAUCGUGAGUGAUGACUCAGGAAGGAUAUUAUCUACAUUGACCUUAUUAUUUGUGUUGGACGAGCGUUGUUAUAUAUUAUCCCAUACCUUCAUCGACGGGAAUAAAGAUUUUGUGUUUAUUAAUGACAGAAUCUAAGAAUUUAGUAGUUCGGACAACGUCGUUAUGGCGGACAUAUCCGAAGUGAGCAAAGCCGAAUCCAUGUCGAGAUCAUCCGAGCACGACAACGAUCGUUCAAAUAGUGAAACCGUGUCAGUGGCGACUACAAGUGGAAUUAAAUCAGCACGGAUUUGCAGUGAUUCAAAUGGAUUUAUUACGGUUCCCGUAUCGUUGCCAGUCGGUACCCUCGUGGCAGGUGCUACCUUCAAUGUUAUUACAUCAGAUCAACUACCGCAAUUCAAACCAAUGCUGUGUGUAGAUAAUGGAUUUAUCUCGAGUACUAGUACCCUUGCAGACGAUAUUAAGGCUACACAUAUAGUUAUACAGAAUCCACCUUCGCCUCCACUCGAGGACCUAAAAGAUCAAGAACCCAGCUCAAGGUCAUCCCCUUCCAGUAGUCGGUCAUGGACAGAAACCGCCAACAUGCCUAUAUUACCGAUAAGAUGUAAAAACACCUCAGCGGAAUUGCAUAAAAAUAAAUUAGGUUCUGGUGGACGCGGAAAAUGCAUAAAGCAUGGCUCGUCGUGGUAUACGCCAAGUGAAUUUGAAGCAUUCUGUGGACGUGCUUCGAGUAAAGACUGGAAGAGAUCCAUUCGAUUUGGAGGAAGAAGUAUUCAAGCAUUAAUUGAGGAAGGCAUAUUAAAACCUCAUGCUACAAGCUGUACUUGCAGUGCAUGCUGUGAUGACCCGUCAGGUGAUCCUUCAACUGGUCCAGUCAGAUUAUUUGUUCCAUAUAAAAGGAAGAAGAGGUCAAACACUGAUGGAGAAGACAGUGUAGCUGAACCAAAGAAUGUUAAAGUAAAACAUGAAGAUGUAAUGAGUGAGCCAGAAGUGGAUAAUAUUCACCGAACCAACAAUAACAGUAAUUCUAAAGAAGCAUGGCAAGCAAUAACCGAGGGACUAGACAACACUACUAAUUAUCACUUGCUAGCAACUGCUGGACCCCCUCAAGAUAGUAAUGCAUAUGUGCAAGAAUUGGUGCCAGUAGAGAGAAAGAUGGAAGAACUAUCUGAGGCAGUUAUGAAGAUUUAUUCAGAAUUAAAUCAAUGUAAAGAGAAUAUUAAAGCUAUAACUAGUAGAUUUUUGGAGCGGUUGGAACAAGAGCGAGCUUCUGCGUUACUUACUGCCAAUGUGCCAGCUCAAGUGGAAGCUGAUCAAGUGUCCUUACAUAAUGCUGAGGAUGAGGAGAAUAAAGUGUGUGCAAAUUGCAACCGCGACGCCUCGGCGGAAUGCUCCCUUUGCCGUAGAACUCCAUACUGUUCUACUUGGUGCCAGAAAAAAGACUGGGCUGCACAUCAGAUAGAAUGCCUCCGCCACGCUCCUGCUUUGCACGCAGAUGGGUCUCAGCACCAAUCCAUUAUGCUUAUAGUAGAGAGUCAACAUUAGUGAUAUAAGUGUAUUUUUAUAUUUAUAGUUUUAUAUGUUAUUGUUAUUUACUUGGAGAUUGGAGGAUUCACCUACAGCUAAUUCAAAUUUAGAGCUACUAAUAUCUAUUAUACAUACUUAACUUUCUUUGGUUUCUCUCUCUGUGCUAUCUGUGGUUGAUCUUUAAAAUUUAAAAUCAAAUUAAUUCACAAAUAUUUUAUGUUAUACAUGUAAAUAUUAUCCUCAACAAUAUUAUGUUGAAUUUUUUUUUUGCCACAUAUUUGCUUUUAAAUUGAACCAAUAGGUAUCAAAUUCAAUUUUGUUAUGUAGUGUCUUUUGAAUUAGUGAAUACAUUUUCAUAGAUUAUUAAUUAAUAAUACCGUUCGUAAGCGCUCAUCGACGUUAUCAUAACCUAUAGACACCCAAUACAAUAACUUCUUCCAUAAACAUUUCAGUUAACACACUGAAGAGAUCGCGGCGUGGGGACAAUGCUCAAUAGUGCUUAAUAGAAGUUUUAAUUUCAUUUGACAUAAAUCAGAACUAGUGAUGAUUCCAUGCACUAAGCGCUCAUAUAAUUUAAAAAAUUGGCAAGGAAAGAAACUAAGUCAGUAUUCUUCUUUUAAUGUUUUAAGUAAAAAUAUGUCAUAUAACUAGCAAAAAGUUCUGCUUUAGGAGGGUUCAUGAAGAUAACCGAAAUCUUCCAAAAUAUUUUUUUUGUAAAGUCUAUGCAUGCAGCGAACCUGCAUUGGUCGAGUUGAGAAGAAACAAAUUUCAUUCUAGUGAGAUUUAUUUUUGUAAUAAUAUUUACGGAUCAAGUUCAAUUCAUAUAAAUCGAAAAUAAACAAAGUUGGGAGCGUAGUGUCUACAAGUAUCCACCCUAGAUACGGUGUCUAUCAGGAUAUGACGUUGUAUCUACCACAGUUUCUGCAUAAAUAGUUUUGUUUUAUAUUAAGCAAUUUAAAUGUAAGAAAUUGUUGUAUAGGUAAAUGUUAUACGACUUAAUCAAGUUACUUUAUAAAU